UCCUUUCCGACCGACUUGCUAUCGCCAAUAACCGCAACCCGUCCGACAACCUCACACACCACUCACCUCAACACUCACAAUGGGUCGUCUUCACUCCAAGGGAAAGGGCAUUGCCUCCUCUGCUCUGCCUUACUCUCGCACCCCCGCUCCCUGGGUCAAGAUCACUCCUGAGCAGGUUGUCGACCACAUCUGCAAGCUCGCCCGUAAGGGUGCUUCUCCCUCCCAGAUUGGUGUUGUCCUUCGUGACAGCCACGGUGUUGCCCAGGUUAAGACUGUCACUGGUAACAAGAUCCUCCGUAUUCUGAAGUCCAACGGCCUUGCCCCCGAGAUCCCUGAGGACCUGUACCACCUCAUCAAGAAGGCCGUCGCCGUCCGCAAGCACCUUGAGCGCAACCGCAAGGACAAGGACAGCAAGUUCCGCCUCAUUCUCAUUGAGUCUCGUAUCCACCGUCUGUCCCGCUACUACAAGACCGUCGGUGUCCUCCCCCCCACCUGGAAGUACGAGUCCGCUACUGCCAGCACCAUGGUUGCUUAAGCGGUGAGCUUUGUAUCAGCUCAGUGUGUGAUAUUCCAGGUCUGGGUUGGGUUGAGCUUUCUCGACAGGUCGAGGUCGCGCCGUUCAAAUAUCGUCUCUUUCUGUUUCGUGAUCAUUCCGAAAUGGAUGGUUGCUUGAAAGGAGAGAAGCGGUGCUGGGCUUAGUUAGGAUCAUCAAUGCUAGCAAGACUAUGACUUACCACAAGUCGGUGAAAUAAAAAGAAAACGUUCUUGAACUA